AUGGUAUCCUCGAUAUUGCACGCCGCUGUGGCGGGCAUACUGUCGCACAUUACCUAUUUCCAUCGAGGCGAGCAUCAUCUCUACGGAACUACCUACCUGAAGCUAUUUAUCGCUCUGAACUCUCUUGCGGUCGCUUAUCUGCAUGCAUCAUGGGGAACUGCAUGGACGGAUGCCUUCGCCACAGUUUUAUUGCAUGCGACAUGCUACCUUGCCGGAGUCUUCGGCAGUGUGCUUGCGUAUCGCCUGGUGUUCAGUCCGCUGGAAUUCCCGGGUCCGUGGGCCGCCCGAAUCUCAAGUCUCUGGUUGCCUUUGCAAGUGAGGAACGGUAACAGGCAUCUCAAGCUGAUCGAGCUGCAUGACAAGUACGGCCCUUAUGUCCGGAUCGGACCCGCCGAUCUCUCGAUUAUCGAUCCCAAAGCGAUCGACAUCAUCUAUGGAGCGUCUUCCCCCUGCAAGAAGGGCAGUUUCUAUGAUCACUCGUACCCGAACAACUCGUUGCAAACGAGUCGAGACCCGAUAGAGCACCAACAGCGACGGAGGUUAUGGAGCGGUGCGUUCGGCAGCAAGCGGCUGCGUGGGUAUGAGCAGCGCAUUCGCAAGUAUCGCCGGAAAUUGGUCGAUGGGUUGGUCAAAAUGAACGGUCAACCGGUGAAUGCGACCAAGUGGUUUAGUCUGUACUCAUAUGACGUGAUGGGGGACCUCGCUUUCGGGGAAGGGUUCGAGAGUAUGGAGCGAGGCGAACAUCAUUGGGCCACGCAAAUGAUAAUCGAAGUUCAGGACGCCGUAGGGUUGUGCUUGCCCGUAUGGUUGCUCCGCAUGGUGCUGGCCAUUCCGGGGGUGAUGACAGGGUGGUGGAAGCUAUUGGAAUACAGCGAAAAGAGGCUAUUGGAGAGGAUAAAGAAUGAACCUGAUGUCCCCGAUAUCAGCGCAUCGCUCCUGGCCCCGCUGGAAGGCCGAGCGCCUCCUGCGGAAGAACGACUGUGGUUAAGCGGUGAUUGCCGGUUGAUCAUCAUCGCAGGAAGUGAUACCACGACGACGACCUUGACUGCUAUUUUCUAUGAGCUCGCGCGACAUCCCGAGGAAGUGGAGAAGCUGCGUGCAGAACUGGCCCCGUAUGUUGAGAGUGAAUCCCUUGAGUUCUCGGAUGACAAGAUCAGUCAUCUGGGACACUUGAACGGUGUGAUCAAUGAAGCACUGCGCCUAUACCCGGCUGUUCCGUCGGCAAUGGAACGAGUAACCCCCCCUGAGGGCCUCAGCGUAGACGGAGUGUUUAUCCCGGGCAACACCACCGUAUUCUGUCCGGGAUAUGCGAUCGGACGGUCGGAAUUGAGCUAUAAAAAGCCGCUAAAGUUUAUUCCCGAGCGGUGGUACCAACAGCCGGAGUUGAUCAACGACGAGUCGGCUUUUGCGCCAUUCAGCACUGGUGCUUAUAACUGCAUUGGCAGGCCAUUAGCUCUGCAGAAUCUGCGGACGACGGUGGCGCAGUUGGUGAUGACCUUUGAUGUGCGGUUCGCGCCGGGAUACGAGGCGGAGAAAUUCGACGAGAGGACAAAGGAUAAUUUUGUACUGGGAGUUGGGAAUCUGGACUUGAUGUUCACGCCACGAAAGUCGUAG